UGUGUGAAGCUGGCUCAGCAGGCGGAGUUCAGACACGAGAACUUCCUGUGCACUACGUACCAAUACAGAGCAACCCUUUUCUAUUCUGCAUAUUGCAAGUCCAAUAAUAAUCGAACAUCAUGAGUUUUCUAUCUGGUUUUAAAAAGGGCCUGAAUAGGGCUGGUACCACGAUAAUGCAACGAACUGGUGCAACCGAUCGAACAACAGACACUGAAUUCGACGAAGAAUACGAACGUUUCAAAAUCUUAGAGAAAAAGUCUGAUAAACUGACAAAGCAAGCAAAAGGAUACAUUGAUUCUUUAAGAGGUAUGACCGCUGCUCAGCUACGAAUUUCGCAAACCAUUGGCCAAUUCUACGACGACACAAUUAUAAUGGGACCCGGCGGCCAAGAGUACAAAAAAGUCAUCGAACGACUCGACGAGGAUGCAAAGACAGAUAUGGAUAAGGUGUUCCGAACAACCGUCCUUGAACCACUGGCGCGCUUCUGCUCCUACUUCCCUCAGGUGAAUGAUGCGGUUAAGCGGCGCCAAAAGAAACUAUUGGACUACGAUACGCAUCGUUCUAAGGUCCGGAAAUUGGUGGAUAAGCCUAGCGAAGAUCCUUCGCGUUUGCCAAGAGCGGAACAAGAAGCAAACAUGGCUAGAGAAAUGUACGAGAACCUCAACACAAUUCUGAUAGAGGAUCUGCCCAAGUUUGUCGAGCUCAGAGUUGCUUACUGCGAUCCAAUUUUCGAGGCUCUUGUUAAAUCCCAACUCCGUUUCUGCCAAAACAGUUAUGAACAGUUAGAAGGGCUGCGGAACCACUUUCCUCCCGAAACUGAACAUGCCGAUAGACGCGUGGAUGACGUGUUGCAGCAGAUGAGAGAGUUGAGCAUUUGUGGGAACUUUUAAUAAUAAAAAUGUGUCUUGUAAAGCGUGUGUAAUGUGGGGG